AUGUCACAUUCUAAAGAGGAUGAAUGUUAUACAGAGGAGGAGGAAAAUGAAAACAACAAUGAUAAAACUAUUGAUGGUAAGGAGGCAGCUGUUUUGAGUGCAAAUGAUUUUUUGAAUCAGCAAUUUGUAAGUUAUGAAGAAGCUUACGAAUGUUAUGUGAGAUAUGCCAAGUGUGUGAGGUUUGGAGUUCGAGAGGGGGGUGUGGCUGCUGAUAGUACUGGCAAUUAUGUUCGACGUAAAUUCUUGUACAAUAGAGCAGGUGUGAGAGAGAAGAAAUGCUACGCAACUACCAGUAAGAUAAGAAAGCAGAAGCCUGAGACUAGAACAAAUUUUAAUGCAAUGUUGUCAAUUUAUCUUGACAAGAGUUGUUCAAUGUGGAAAGUCAGAAAGAUUGUGGAGGAUCAUAACCAUCCUUUGAUACCUCUUAAAUUAGUUCACGAAAUUUAA